AUGGCAUCCGAGUCAAUUGUCUUGACUGAACGCUUCACUCACAGAAGUGAUACUCACGAACACUCCAUCCAGUGGACAAGCAUCGGACCAGACAGCAGUCCCCCACUGAUCUUCGUUCACGGCACCCCCUGGUCCUCAUACGUCUGGCAGCCCUACGUGAAGGCCCUGUCCUCGCGGUACAAGAUCUAUCUCUUCGAUAACCCGGGAUUCGGCGAAUCUCCUGGCCGUAGGCCUCUUCAGGCCCCCACAUCCGCAGACGAUAAGAUAUCUGAACUCGAUGCAUCUCUAGCCGGUCAAGCAGAGGCAUUUGCCGCCCUAUACCAUUCAUGGAACUUUACCUCUGACCGACUUCCCCACGUCGUCGCUCACGAUAACGGCGGGCUCAUCACCCUACGUGCGAAUCUCCUCCACGGCUGCCUAUACGCGAGCCUAUGUCUUGUAGACGUCGUCGCUGUCCGCCCCUUCGGCAGUCCAUUUUUCCGGCUUGUUGCGCAGAAUCCGUCCGUCUUCACUUCCAUCCCGGAUGCAAUCUUCCAGGGUAUGGUGCGUGCAUAUAUACAAGAUGCGUCAUUCAAGCCUCUCCCAAAAUAUGUUGAAGACAUGCUGGUGAAGCCGUGGAUUGCGGGCGGAAGUCAAGGCCAGGCGGCAUUUAUCCGGCAGAUCGUACAGGCUGAUCAGUGGCAUGCAGAGGAGGUCGAGGGGCGAUAUGCGGAGGUUGGGAGUGCGAUGCCAGUGAAGGUUGUUUGGGGGAAGGAGGAUAGGUGGAUUCCUGUUGAUCGGGCUGAGAAAUUAGCCAGCGCGGUUGGGGCAAGGGAGGUUGUUUUGAUCGGGGAGGCUGGUCAUUUGAUUAUGUUUGAUCAGCCUGAGCGACUGGCGACGGAGAUUGCCGUCUGGCUGAGGGAAGUAAGUCGGUAG